AUGGAACCAAAUAAAGAACUGGAAUAUGAUAUGAAGAAGGCAAGAAAGAAAGAUUUUAUUCAAAAGAAGGAGGUUGUGAAGAACAAGUUGGAGAAGUCAAUGCAAACAAAGUCCUCUGCCGGAGAGGAACGUGACGAGCCAAUGAACAUGGUCACAUGCAACAGAGAUGCAACCGUUGAGAGCAAAGAUAGCACUAUGGAAGACUCAACUGGUACUAUUAGUGCUGAUGAACACGAGGCCAUAUAUGAUAUGUAUAUGGAUGAGCAAACACAAUUUUGCCAGAAGAUGUUUGAGUCUUUAAGCUCACAAAAGGAGUAUCAAGAAAAGAUGCUUUGGUAUGUGAGUGAACAGAAAAAGUCAAAUGCAAGAAUGAAAAAGAUGAUGGAAAAGCUUGUAAAAAUAUUAACAGACAAAAAAUAA